AUGAACGAAUACAAAGAUGAUAUUCAUAAAACUGUUGAUUAUAAUGAAACUAUUUAUAAACAAGGAAUAUUUUAACCUAAAAUUUCUAAAUUGAAUCAGAAUAUAUAGACUUCUCAAAAUACACACUUUUCAUCUAUGAUAAAUUAAUAUAAAAGAAUACCCAUAUAGGAAUUAGAUAAAUUAACUUUUAUAAUUCUAGACUGCGAUUAUAAAUUGAAUACAAAUUAAAUUAGAAUAUUUGGUUUAACAGAUCAACAAUAAUCUUUAGAAAUUAAGAUAAUAGACUAUUUUCCUUAUUUCUAUAUCCCUUUUCCUUUAAAAUUAGUGAGAGAUGAAAGAGAUAUUGAUUAUUUUUUACUUUAAUUUAAUAAUCAUCUUUAUAAAAAUGGAAUUACCACUGAAAUUUAACCAAUCAGAUAAAUUAAUGUUAUUGAUAGUGAAAUUAUUAGAAAUUUUAAGGGUUAAAAUUACUAAAAAGAACCUUUUUUAAAGUUAAGUUUUUAAAAUGUAAGCUCUAUGAAAAAAGUGGCUUAACUUUUAGAAAAAGGCUUAAAUGUAAAUGGAUUUUAGUUUUCUAAGUAAACUUAUGAAAGUAAAAUAACUUAUCCAUUAAAAUUUAUGAUUGACUUUAAUUUAAGGGGUAUGGGAUGGGCAAUGGCUUAAAAUCUCAAAGAAGAUGGAGAGAGCAAUUGUUCAAAAAGUUAUAUAGUAAAAGCCGAAGAUAUUAGUCAUCUUGAAGAUUAAUAACAUAUUCCAAACUUAAGAAUAAUAAGUCUUGAUAUUUAAACUAUAUCUAAAUUAAAUAUAAUACUUGAAUCUUCUAAAGAAAUAAUCGUUAUUACUUGUAUAAUUUAAAUAAAUCCAGAAAAUGAAAGACGAAUUGUAUUUACUUAAAAAUCAUGCUAAGAAAUAACUAAUUCAAUAAUUUUUUAAUCGCAAAAUGAAAUAGAUUUAUUAAAAUAGUUUAAUUAAUUUUUUCUAUCUUUUGAUCCUGAUGUCAUUACAGGAUACAAUCUACAUGAUGAAUUAUUGCCUUUAAUUAUUCAAAGAUCAAGAAAUUUAGGACUUAAUUGUCAAUAUUUGAAUUAUGGCAGAUCAAAAAAUGAAGAAAGUUUAAUUUCAAAUGGCAGAUUUUUUAGUACUGUAAUGAGAAUGAGAGAAACCAAAUUCGUAGAAACAAAUGGUCGAAUUUAAUUGGAUACUUUAAUUUGUAUGUUAAGAGAUUCAAAAAUAUCGUAGUAUUCACUUGGAAGUAUUUAUUAUUCAAUUUUUAAUCAAUAAAUAGAAAUUUAUGAUUAAGAAACUAUCAUCCAAUUAUUUGAAUAAAAUAAUAUCAAAAGAAUAUCUACAUAUAGUUUAAGAAAAUCAGAAGCUUGUUUAGAAAUAUUACUUUAUAAAGGAUGGAUUUAAACUUAUGCAGAAAUUUCAAAAGUUACUGGAGUACCAAUUGAAUACAUAAUAUAGAGAGGACAAUCAAUUAAAGUUUUGUCAUAACUUCUUAGAUAGAGUAAAAAAGAUGGUUACUUAGUUCCUGAUGAAAAUCAUCUUAAAAAGUCAGAUACUUCUAAUUUAAAAGGAGCUUUAAUUUUAGAACCUAAAAAAGGAUUUUAUAAAAUACCAUUAGCUCUUUUUGAUUUUGUAUCUUUGUAUCCAAGUAUAAUCAUAGCAUAUAACAUGUGUUACACAACUAUAGUCAAAGAUUAUUCUAUCAAAUUAAAUGAAAAUGAUUAUCAUAUAAUUCCAGAAUUUGGACAUAAAUUUGUUAAAUAGCAUAUAAAAAAGGGAAUUUUACCAAAAAUUUUAGAGAGUUUACUAGAAAAGAGAGCAUAAACAAAAUAAGAAUUAAAGUAGGAAGAAGAUAAGUAAAAGAAAAAUCUAUUAGAUGCUAGAUAAUAAGCUUUAAAAAUAGCAGCAAAUUCAAUCUUUGGAUUUACUGGCUGUGCUGAGCAUGGAUAUCUACCAUGUUUAGAAAUUACUUAAUCUAUACUUAGAGUAGGAAGAGCAAUUUUAUAAAAUGCAAUAUCUGUUAUCAAUAACAAUUAUCCAAAUGCUGAAAUUUUAUAUGGAGAUACAGAUUCAUUAUUAAUAAAUUUUAAAAUUUCAAAUUUAAAGGAUGUAUUUAAUAUUGCAAAUGAGGCAUCAAAUAUAGUAACCAGUACUUUUCCAAAGCCAAUUAGAUUAGCAUUUGAAAAAAUUUACAAUCCAUUUUUGUUGGUAUGUAAAAAACGUUAUGUUGGUUUACCUUGGAAGAAUGAAUUUGUAACUGAUUAGAUUGAGUAAAAAGGAAUCUGUACAGUAAGGAGAGACAACACAUAAUUCUUAAAAGNUAUUCACUUGGAAGUAUUUAUUAUUCAAUUUUUAAUCAAUAAAUAGAAAUUUAUGAUUAAGAAACUAUCAUCCAAUUAUUUGAAUAAAAUAAUAUCAAAAGAAUAUCUACAUAUAGUUUAAGAAAAUCAGAAGCUUGUUUAGAAAUAUUACUUUAUAAAGGAUGGAUUUAAACUUAUGCAGAAAUUUCAAAAGUUACUGGAGUACCAAUUGAAUACAUAAUAUAGAGAGGACAAUCAAUUAAAGUUUUGUCAUAACUUCUUAGAUAGAGUAAAAAAGAUGGUUACUUAGUUCCUGAUGAAAAUCAUCUUAAAAAGUCAGAUACUUCUAAUUUAAAAGGAGCUUUAAUUUUAGAACCUAAAAAAGGAUUUUAUAAAAUACCAUUAGCUCUUUUUGAUUUUGUAUCUUUGUAUCCAAGUAUAAUCAUAGCAUAUAACAUGUGUUACACAACUAUAGUCAAAGAUUAUUCUAUCAAAUUAAAUGAAAAUGAUUAUCAUAUAAUUCCAGAAUUUGGACAUAAAUUUGUUAAAUAGCAUAUAAAAAAGGGAAUUUUACCAAAAAUUUUAGAGAGUUUACUAGAAAAGAGAGCAUAAACAAAAUAAGAAUUAAAGUAGGAAGAAGAUAAGUAAAAGAAAAAUCUAUUAGAUGCUAGAUAAUAAGCUUUAAAAAUAGCAGCAAAUUCAAUCUUUGGAUUUACUGGCUGUGCUGAGCAUGGAUAUCUACCAUGUUUAGAAAUUACUUAAUCUAUACUUAGAGUAGGAAGAGCAAUUUUAUAAAAUGCAAUAUCUGUUAUCAAUAACAAUUAUCCAAAUGCUGAAAUUUUAUAUGGAGAUACAGAUUCAUUAUUAAUAAAUUUUAAAAUUUCAAAUUUAAAGGAUGUAUUUAAUAUUGCAAAUGAGGCAUCAAAUAUAGUAACCAGUACUUUUCCAAAGCCAAUUAGAUUAGCAUUUGAAAAAAUUUACAAUCCAUUUUUGUUGGUAUGUAAAAAACGUUAUGUUGGUUUACCUUGGAAGAAUGAAUUUGUAACUGAUUAGAUUGAGUAAAAAGGAAUCUGUACAGUAAGGAGAGACAACACAUAAUUCUUAAAAGAUAUUUUGAAUUAGGUUUUACAUGAAAUAUUAAUUGAAUAAAAUAAUAAAAGAGCAAUUAAAAUAGUAAAAGAAAAGAUUUAAGAACUAUUAAAUGGAGAAGUUAAUAUUUCAAAUUUAAUAAUAUCAAAAUCACUAGCAAUAAAAAUUAAAGAUAAUGAUUUUGUUGAUGAGGAUUUAAUAAAUAAAGAUGAAGAAUAUCAUUCAUAUCCAGAUAAAUAUCAUGAUAUUAGUGAUUUUAGAAAAUAACCACAUAUAAAAGUUGCAUAAGACAAGGUCAAAAAUAAAUAAAUUAAUACAUAUUAAAAAGGUGAUAGAAUAUCUUAUGUAAUUGUAGAAAAUAUACAUGGAUAAUAAUUAUCAGAUAAUGCCUAAGAUCCGUUAGAAGCAUUCAAAAAUAAUUAUAAAUUAAAUAUGUAGUACUACAUUAAUUAAAUUAAAAUACCCAUAAUUCACAUUUUAGAACAUAUAAUCCCUAAUCCAGAAGCUUUAUUUAAUUUAUCUUAAUAUUCAUCAACUCCUAAAAAAGUUCUUUAUAAUAUUAUAGAAAAUAAUAGUUCUAAAAAGGCUUUAAAUAAAUAUUUAAAAAAGAGAAUUAUGUGUAUAAAUUGCAAAGAUGAAGUUCCAAUAAAUAAACCAAUAUGUUUUAAUUGCAGAUCUUAAUAAUCUGAAAUACUAUUUAAGAUAUCACAUGUAUAAUAUAAAUUAUAUUAUUUUAGCAAUUAAUUAAUUCUCAAAAUCGUUUUUAGAAAUACCAUAUGAUCUGCCAAUAAUGUUAAUAAAGUUAAUUUGAUUAAGUAAUUUGUAAAAAUGAGGAAUGUCAUAUUUACUAUAAAAGAAAUUAGGAAUAAAUAAUACUAUAGAACACUUGGGAUAAAUAUGAAUAAAUAUUUCAUUGUGAGUGGUGA